AAAGUGUUUUGCGAAAGUCUCUUCUCAAUGUGUACUACAAAAUGUUUGCUGUUGCUUGGCCUCAGCAAGCCAGCAACAACAAAAGAACUUGCCAACUAAUUUGUAACAAGCAAAAAACAACCGACAACAGCAAUGAGCAACAAUUAAAAAUUAGGCUUCAAUUGUAUGAAAAUUUAUGCAAAUCAAAGACGAGCGAUGGCUGCGUGGCAAGCAACAACAACAACAUCACAGACGUGCAACAGCAGCACCAACAACAACAACAGUGGAGGAAACAACAUUGUUGCCACACAACCACCGUCGCGUCAUUGCCAUUUGCAUUUAAUUGUUGUGAUUAUCUUGGCCUGCUGCACACGCUGGUUGUAUGGCUUGCCCGAUGGACGUGCCACAUGCCGCUCAGUGCCUGGUCUGACCAAGGAUCAGGUGGAGCUGUGCUACAAGGCAAGUGAUGUGACUGCCGCGGCACUGGAAGGUCUCGACAUGGCUAUCCGAGAAUGCCAGAUACAGUUUCAGUGGCAUCGCUGGAAUUGCUCAUCGCUGAGCACCAAGAGUCGCAAUCCGCAUGCAUCGAAUCUGCUCAAGAAAGGGUAUCGAGAGAGCGCUUUUGCCUUUGCCAUCUCGGCGGCUGGUGUGGCACACAGUGUUGCACGAGCCUGCAGUCAAGGACGCUUGAUGUCCUGCGGUUGUGAUCCCACAAUUAAUCGCAAAACGCUCAACAAAAACCUUCGCCAGUCGCUGGACAAGGAGAAGAAACAGUUUCUGCAAUAUCUAGAAACGAAUCAGAUUCUGACACCCGAGGAAGAAAAGAAAUAUGAACGCUCAAAGAUCGCCAGUCGCUGGAAAUGGGGCGGUUGCUCCCACAACAUGGACUUUGGUGUCGAGUACUCGAAACUCUUUCUCGACUGCCGCGAAAAAGCUGGCGACAUUCAAUCGAAAAUCAAUCUACACAACAAUCACGCCGGCAGAGUGGCUGUCUCCAACAACAUGGAGUUUCGUUGUAAAUGCCACGGCAUGUCUGGCAGUUGCCAGCUGAAGACCUGCUGGAAAUCAGCACCAGAUUUUCACAUUGUCGGCAAAGUGCUGAAGCAUCAGUUCCGCAAGGCCAUUCUAGUGGAUCAAUCGAAUCUUGGCAAUGGCGAGCCAGUUGUGGUCUUGAAGCGAUCACGCAAUAAGAAAUCAAAUGGUGGCAAUGGAGCUGGUGUCAGCUCGGAUUUGGUGGCCGCCGAUGCUUCGGGCAUUCUGGAGGGUCGAGAGACGCAACGCGAUCUGGAUGCCGAGCGAGGCACGCGACAGACGAGCUCUGAUAAGAAUGCCGCCCGCAUGGCACGAAAACUGGAGACGUCGCUCUUUUACUAUCAGCGAUCGCCGAACUUUUGCGAACGGGAUCUUGGUGCCGAUAUACAGGGCACUGUGGGUCGGAAGUGCAAUCGAAAUACAACAACCAGCGAUGGCUGCGCCUCAUUAUGCUGUGGGCGUGGUCACAGCCAAGUUAAGGAACGACGAGCGGAACGCUGUCGCUGUAAAUUUCAAUGGUGCUGUAGUGUGGAAUGCGACGAAUGCCAUGUGGAGGAAUGGAUAAGUGUGUGCAAUUGAGCAACUGAGAACUGGAUAAAAGACUUCUUCUCUUCAAAUUAACAACAGCGGCAGUUACAAUUUAAAAUUAAACAACAGUAUUAAAAUAUAAUUAAUUAACAACAAAAACAAAAGAAAUUAUUUAGUUUAAACAAAUAUUUCAUAUUGAAUAGGACUACAAAUAACUUGUCAGCAGCUUAUUGAUCGAUUGAUUCAUGAUGUGUGAGUGUGUACAUUAUAUAUAUGUUUAGUUUAGCAAUCGAUUCCCAAUUUUCGAAUACUUGUAAAUACGAAUAAAUAAGAACAACAAUUGGUCUGUCAA